AAAAGAUAAAGGACCGUAGCAAUGGAGAUGUGGCUGUUGAUUCCUAUCAUCUUGUCAAGGUAGACGUACAAAAAAUUAAGGAAAUGGGAAUGGAUGCCUACAGAUUCUCCAUCUCAUGGUCUAGAAUACUACCCGGUGGAAGGUUAAGUGGGGGAGUAAACAAAGAAGGCAUCAGUUAUUACAAUAACCUCAUCAAUGAGCUUCUAUCUAAUGGUAUCCAACCCUUUAUAACACUCUUUCACUGGGAUCUUCCACAAGCUCUCGAAGACGAGUAUGGUGGUUUCUUAAGUCCACAAAUCAUGAACGAUUUUCGAGAUUAUGCAGAGCUUUGCUACAAAGAAUUUGGUGAUCGUGUAAAGCAUUGGAUCACCUUGAAUGAGCCAUGGACCUUCAGCAGAGCUGGUUAUGCCUUGGGCACCAAUGCACCAGGCCGCUGUUCUAAAUGGGUUAACAAAAAUUGCAGCAUUGGAAAUUCUGCAACGGAGCCAUACGUGGUGGCGCACCACCAACUUCUUGCUCACGCCGCUGCCGUAAAAGUAUACAGAGAGAAGUACCAGGCAUCCCAAAAGGGUAAAAUUGGAAUAACACUAGUGUUACAUUGGAUGGUACCAUUCUCCAAAUCCAAGCCCAACAGAGAGGCAGCCCAACGAGCAAUUGAUUUCAUGUAUGGAUGGUUUAUCCAUCCAUUAACCUAUGGAGACUAUCCUGAAAGCAUGAGGGUACUUGUGGGAAAUCGGCUCCCGAAAUUCACUAUAGAAGAAACCCUACUGGUGAAGGGAUCAAUGGAUUUCCUUGGAUUGAAUUAUUAUACUGCUAAUUAUGCAGCCGGUAUUCCCUUCUCCGUUCCGCUUAACGUUAGCUACACAACUGAUUCUCGAGUAAAUCAAACGACGCAAAGAAAUGGAAUUCCCAUUGGUCCAAGGGCAGCUUCAGCUUGGCUCCAUGUAUACCCAAGAGGAAUACGAGAUGUGUUGCUUUACACAAAGAGAAGAUACAAAAAUCCAGUUAUUUACAUUACAGAGAAUGGUAUAUCUGAGUUUAAUAACAGUACACUAUCUCUGAAAGAAGCCUUGAAGGACGAUAUGAGAAUAGACUACCAUCUUCGCCAUCUUUGUUUCCUUCAAAGAGCUAUCAAAGAGGGUGUAGAAGUGAGGGGGUACUUCGUGUGGUCAUUGUUGGAUAACUUCUCAUGGGCUGAUGGCUUUACAACUCGAUAUGGUCUUGACUAUGUAGACUACAAAGAUGGGCUGAAGAGAUACCCAAAACAAUCGGCCAUUUGGUUCAAGAACUUCCUUCAAAGAUGAAAGGGAGAACAUUAGGGCUCCUAUGUAAUACCAAAUUAGACUCUUAAUGUAAAUGUUCACUAUAAAUGUAUACAUCUAUUUAUUUUA